AUGCCAAUCACCAUCAACACGCCCUGCAAGCCAGGAGAGAAGACACCAAGCGUAACCUACUCGCAACGGAGGUUCCAGCCGCCAGUCUACACACCCUCGAAGAACACGGGCUCAUCAGGCCAUCUCUCUAGCCAGAGCUCCUUGGAGUCGUCGCUGCCUUCUUCCUUCGAGGAGCUACGCCGCCGCGGUGGCAGCCACAAUACGCCGACGCCUUCUCCACAGUCGAUCGGGACACCACCGACAGUGCCUCAAGACCUCAAUGAAGACAUUGUGGACGAGCUCGUUGACGAACUCGACGACCUCCAUUACGGCGUCCGUUCGCUUCGCCGCCUGUUCCAGAACGCGGCACAGAACCUCGCCGCCGAGAUGAUGACGACGACGACGUAG